AGAUAUUCACAUUUAUUAGCUGCUUAUUGUACUACAACAAAGAAAAGUCCCAUGGGUGGCGUUUUCUCCGCUCCCGAAAGGGAGCCGGAAAUCGGAUGCAUUCUCUUCGAUGAGCAGACCGGAGGUGCCAGCUAUGUCGUUACUCUAAAAAAGGAUGGCACUAGUACUAGUAGUACACCUAGGAGCAACAACAACAUUUUUCAACUUCCGCCAGAAAAGGCUGCUUCAACCGUACUAUCCCUUCAACAUCAUCCCUCCACUUCUCUUCUACCUUCUCGACGUACGCGCGUGAUCUUCCUCUCCAGGACACAUGGGAAGCACAGAACCCUGGAUUUGCCUCCAGCGGAUCUCCUGGUUCACUGUGGAGGAUUUGCGCGUUCGACCUGGGACUUGCUGGAUUUUGAUCGAUGGUAUCAUGAUUCCAUAAACUAUGAAUGUGUUUCUCGGUUUAUGAUUCAAUAGACUAUUAUGAAACGAAAAUCUGUUAUCAUUAUCAAGUUUCUGAAGAAGAAAAGCAUGAUAAUGAUAACGGAUUUUCUUUUCAUAACUAUGUGUUUCUCGUUUUGCUCCUGAUUUUGAUCGUGAAGAAACUACUUAUAACAGGUAGUUCUGAUCUCGGCUUAGCCCUUCAAAAAAUAGACUUAAAUUCUGAUCUCGGCUUUACCUUACGCCAUGGAGGUUCAGCUGGGAUAUUAUAAUGUCUUCAUCUACUCUCUGUCUCUUCAUCCAUUCGAGUUGUUCCCUACACCAGGUUAUCCUCCCUAACGCACAUCCGCGAACGUCUGGUCAUUGUGGACCCUUCCGUGGACCUCGCGCCAGCCCAUUUGGCGAAGAAACGGCAACUUUUUCUAGCUGGAGGACGAGCAGUGACCAAAGAUGGCGUGUGUCGUAGCACUGGUUUGAGCUUUAUGGUCGUGACCUCUGAGGAGCGAGCUGAGAAAGUGUAUGCGGAAGAGGUCGAGAACAGACAAAGAGAAAUCAAUUCCAGAGAAGGACAUGGACAACUACGACACUAUGGAGGGGAUAAUGAUGGUCUCAUCAACGCUGCUGGGACGAGACAUACACAACAACAUGUUCGAGAAACAGCAUCAGAUUUGGUCUCGUCCUCGUUCGCGCGUCCAGAUGUCCUUAUUACUCCCUUUGACGGCCCGAUGCAAAUACUUGGCGGAACUAGUAAAUCCCUGUUUUCUCUCAGCUGUGAAGUAAUGCAACCUAGAGUGCACGUCUUUUCUCAGCUCUGCAAUGGCCCAAACAGCUGUGUAGGUCAAGCGCUUGUUUUGCUUGGUAGCUCAGUAGCGACUGCUUCAUCUAGAAGAAGUGGCUCUUCUUUUUCGUCUAGAGGUCCUCCGACUACAUCUACAACUGAAGUGGUUCUCGGUGCCAAAACUCCAACUAAUAAGCGGAGCGGCCUGAUGAAUCUAUCCGAAUACGGAGCACUUCAAGGUGCUGGACCAUCUUCAUAUAACCCUGCACGACCUCCAAGAACAAGCACAUCAUCAAACACGAGGACUGCCUCCACAGUGAUAUCUGCCUUGGAUCCAAGUAGUGGCUUAAUCCUCGCACGAAAACCAGCACAGUGCACAACGAGCAUGAUGUUGCAACAAGACAACGACACGCAAUCACACGGAUCCCACUACUCUCAAGACGAAGCUGAGUCGGAGGAACAUGGAGAUAGUCCAUCUUCCGUAGACAGUCCCUCUUCCGUGGGAACAAGAGUUAAGGGUAGGUUAAAGGUGCUUCUGUUACCGUUUGUUAUGGCUCUCCUAAGGGGGACAGCUAUAACAAGCGGGAUAAACGAACGCCAAAAACCUACCUCUAAGAGAGGCGACAGUGCGUGUUCACAAUUCUUUUGUCAAUGGGGACAAGCAAGGCUGGCACAAGUAGUUUUGAGUAAGGAGCUUUCGGCUUUGGGAUUGGGCGAAGAAACGAAGCCUAUCUUAUUUGACGGAGGAAAUAUUAGAGCGAAGACUCCUUGUUCUACUUCUAGGCAGUCGAAUCCUGCUGCAGCAUUUUUCUCCUCCUUAGGCGGAGGUCGUGGGGGUACAACUAGUGCUAGUGGAGGAACUGGAGGAGCGACUGCCUCUACCAAGAAAAACAAAUACGAAGACAUCAUCAGAAGUCGUGCAGAGAAGUCAUCUUCAGGGACAACGAACAUCCUAACCGGCAAACUAGCAGCUUUACAAGCAAAUUUCAAAGAAGACCUCUCGACUGUGCAAGACGAUUUGCGGGAUAUGAAAAAUGCGUUAUUUGGAACAGCAAUCGAUACAACUUCUUCUCUGUCGGCACAGAUUACGUCAAAGAUGGAGGCGACGUUGGAUAAAGUGGCGAUGGCACGGGUGAAUGCUGAGCAGGACGAUGAUCAGAAAAGCAAAACUGAAUGCAAACAACGAAGCAGUGCUGCUCCUACUUUCCCGGUUGAUCCGCGCGUGGUAAAUCAAACCGGCGCUGGCGCUCAUCUCGCGGGAGGAGGAGGGGGAGGAGGACACGAAGACAGCAGCAUCAAUCAUGAAAACCAAAGCGGUACUAGCAUGAGUCGUAGUCAGUCCCAGGAGUCACAAGAAGUUCUUCGAGUUCCCUCAAGUACACUACUAGAAGAAUGUGGCCUCUCAGAUGUCGAAGAACAAGAGGACGACUGCGUUGAAGUAGAAAAGGUAAAGAAGGAAAACAAAGAAGAUCUUGUUAUGGAGAACGUCGCGGUCGUUGUCGAGCAACCUCAUCUGACUACUUCCUCUAUUGUACAGUCCAUAGUCAAAGAGAUGCUAGAGGUAGCAGCAAAGCUUGCAUGUACUGAGGAGAAAAGAGCAAAACAGACUGCGGAGGCGAAGAUCGAGACUGAUGAUACCAUUUCGACCCCUGUUGCCGCUAUUCCCACACCUCAGACAGUAUCUCAAAGAAGAAUAAAGCAAAAGAAGAACAAGAAGCUGAAGCAAAUACAUACAACAACUUCUGAUGGAGUAGGAGAUGUUGAACUCUUGUUAAGCAUUCCCCGUCCACACCUAGUGCGUGAACGCGUGCGCUAUUUUGAAGACCAGGCUGCGAAGGCGUCGCCAACGUCAGGAGGAAACGCAGAUGCGAAACUCGAAGCAACGGAGACGACGUCGGGCAGCCCGCAAGUAGAAGAGCAGGACCAGGACGAGUUACUCCCAGAAGAGAAAGAAGAUGUUGUAGACGAUCAGGAUGAAGGCGAUGUUCAGGAAGUUCGGAGAGAGAAUGACAAGAACAAGCUAGACCAUGAAGAAACGGAAGAGAGCGCGUCGACAGCUCCAGCGACGUCACCGGAGUCGGAAGGACACGAUCGCGAGUAUUCACGCGAUGAUUCUGAAGCUGCACCACUAGAUGAAGGCAGACAACCUCUACUACAUCGCGAUGAAAAUGCAAGCCCUCAGGAGCUUGUCCUUGCAUCGCCACCGGUUGGUUCAGAAACAUCCUUGAUGACUAGCGAUACUGGUCUAGAGAAGCUAGGACUCCAAGCUACGCCUAUGAAGAUAGUUGAGGAUCAUAAGCCGUCAUCUUUAGGAUCUGCCUCACCUUAUCACGACGAAGACGAGCAAAGCGUGAUUGGCAAGCAUCCUCGCAUUUCAUCACCGACUUUAUCUUCAGCAGCCCCUACCGCUUUCACAUCUACUUCGCCAACAAAUUCUAUUAUACCUCCGCAAGCGGUUGUACACCGAGAAGAUGAACAAAAAUCAUUCCAUCUUCGUGACCACCAGUUCACCUCGUCCAGAGCAAGAACACCAAGGAGCAACACAUCAUCCUCACGAAUCAAGCAUGAAUCCUCGAUCAAAAAUGCAGUGCGUUACAUGGGUAUGGAGGGGACGGAGACGGAGGCUCAUGUAGAGGACAGCCUCCGGCGUUUGUUGAGCGAAGAUUCAGAUCUUUAUUUGCCUGCGUUUGAGGACGACGAAUCAACUAUAGUAGCAGAUACGGGUGUGGAAGAUGGGGAUGGCAGCAGCACUGCUGAUGGUGGUCAUAUGAAGCAGCGGGAACAAAUGCACCACGGCUUGUCAGGUGGAGGUGGGAGUAAUCCUUCUUCUACAACUACUGCUAACUACAAAGUAGUAUGCCGUAGUCGUGCGACGACACCGUCAUGGAGUGACGCUCAGAAUCAGCCAGGAAGAGCUCAGCCUUUCGUAGAAUUGUCAAGUACUGAAUUCAAGCGAGUGCCUACGUUGUUUGUACAGCAGCAAGCGCUGUUUACCGUUGUUGAUUUCAUUCAUGAAUGAAAGAGAAAGAAUAGUACUAGGCUCUAGUUGGGUAUUACAACUAACGUGUUGGUGUUGCAAUCAAUUAGACAAGAAAAGAGUUAAAUAGUGCAACUUUCACAGAGAUUUGUUACAGAUUUGCGUAUAUCGGUGUAUAGUGUGAUUAAAAACCUUUACAGCAGGUGCAAUUUACAACCUCUAUCAAUUUUGGAAUCUACAACUAGUUCUAGGUACAUUAUGAAAUGUCCUCGUGUACUAGAGAAAGAGAAACUCCUAUCAUGAAAUAAGAAUAACAACUUUCAAGAAAAUUUUGCCAUGAUGUUACUGAAAAAUACCUGACAAGGACAUCAAGCUCCGGAACGACAUGCAAAGCGAUGCAGGGCAAGACUGCUAGUCGUUGUAGAUAUGUGAAAAAUCAAAGGCACACAACAAGAAUUUCGUUACAGAUAGUUGAUGCUUUUCCACGACCUCAACAUCUGAUGAACGCUGUUAAACGACGCCGGGCGUCGUCUUGAAGAU